AAAGGAAAAGAGAGGAGGAAUUCACUGGACUAAUGCUUGCAGGCUUGCCGCUCUCGGGUUGAGUCUGGAUUUUAAAAUCCCAGCAUCUGGACAAUAUUGAAUUUCUAUGUAUGAACCCUCUGGGUCUCUGACAAUCCAUCACUGCAGCAAUCUUAGUCCAGAAGGGUCUUGAUAGGGUUCUGAAAUGGAACCCCUAGCUUUCGUAGUAGACAAGUUUAGAGGUUUGACAAAAUCGACCCGAGAAUUGUUUGACGGCCUCAUUCAUGGGCACCCUCAACGUUCAGCUCGCCGACAUCCGAUUGAAAUAUUGAAGCGGCUGCAACGAGAAGCAUUUUCGGACUUAAUGAAACUCAGGGAUAGACAAGAUAAGGUUGAGAGAAUGGUUUCCUUGUAUGGAACUUCCAAAGGAAGUCCAUUCCAAGAAGCCAGCACUCUUGUAAGGGGAGAGGUUGAUCUCUUGGGGGCUGUCUUGUUGAUGCAUGCUUUUGAAACAAGUGUUCGGCAGAAUGAUACGCUUGUGGCGGAGUUCGUAGCCAGUCAGAAGCACAAGGGUAGUCUUUCUGAUCUUUCAGAAUGCCCACUUUCUCUAGCAAAAGUUUCCUAUACAGCAAAUGUCAGCAACUGGUUAUCUGCAAUUGCAAUCCCAGUGGGAGCUCAGUGCAGGGAUGUUGCAGUUCUUACAAAUCCUUCCCACCAGGGGAAGGGCCUUACUGAUCUUUCAUCAUUUGGGCCACCGCUUCUAAAUCAGCAUAAUGGCAGUGCAGUUGGCUUAAUGGUGAAAAAAUCAAAUACUGUUGCUUCAUUGGCUCAGUUUGUCUCCGGACUGGGAGCGCAAGUGGGUUCUGGUAGAGUUGAGCUUUGCUUGAGCACUUUUGGGCAAAUUGUCUGUCAACUUCCUGGAGGAACAAAGCUCUCGCUUCUGGGUCUUCACCAAAUGCCUAGCUUAUCAAGUGAGUAUGUGGAUCAUAGAAUUGGAGCUCUUACCAUUCCCUUAGGCAGUUCGACACAUGAUAGAUCCCAUGAGACAAUCGUUGAAGGCAGUUUGACACAUCAUAGAUCCCCGGAGGCAAUGGUUGAAGCAUACGUGCCACCACUGGGAUCAAACUCACCGGAAAAGGGUUCAAGUGGAUCCAUUGCUCUGAUGUUGGAAUCAGAAGUUGAUGAGAUGACAAAGAUUGGGGGUUGGAUUGAGAUGAAGCAGUCAAAUCCCAGGCAUUUAGAAUGGGCUGUGAGUGUGUCUGAUGAUUCUGAAGAUUCAGUUGGAUGGGGAAUGAAUUUGAGUGGGAUACUUGGAGGUCCUAAUUUAUUGGACCGUUUUCAGAUUGAAUCCUACAUGAAAUUAAACUUGGGCAAGAGAUUCAGUGUGAAGCCAGGUAUUGCACAUAUUGUCGAUGGGAAUGCCAGAAUGACUGCACUUAUGCUACGGUCUAACUGGUCCCUCUGAUCGCCAACUCAAUCCGUUCCCAUUGAUAUAUUAGUUGGCUUCCAAGUUUCAGAUGCUUUGAAGAUGUCUAGCCAGAAUAUAACGUGCUGGAUUAACCCUUAAAUCUGUCACUGAUCCUAUGUUGUCAUUUUGUUUUUCUUUUCUUUCUUUUUUCCGGACGCUGCCCUGAUUCUGUGUUGUUAGCCUUGCUUUUAGUUCUCAUAGUUGUUAUUCAUUUUUCUGGAUCAGAUACCAAAUCUUACUUGCCAUACUUUACCAUUUCUUAUGAAAGCCCUCAAAAUAAGA